GUGGGAAUGGCCCAGUCAUUUGUAGUUAUUCGUUGUUACGCUUGCUCGACCUUCCAAGUUCAUCAGGUGAAAAAGAGUAAAACGUGGGUAUGUAAGCUAUGCGGAGAAAAACAAUCGAGGAGAAAGGUCUUCGCUGAGGGCAAUGGUACAGAGUGUCGUCAUCAUGUGCAGAAGUUAAACAUGGCCUCAGCCGUCUGUGGCAAGAAUAGUGAACAGUCAGAGUAUCAAUAUGAUGAGUCACUUGUUGUAGUAGAAAAGGAAAACGUUACAGACUGUGACGUGUUGACUGUUGCAAGAAAGUUGGAUGAUAGAAAACUCAGUAAAUGGUUGGAUUUUGUAAGCGACGACAGCAAUUCUGGAGACGAUGGUAGAAAUGUUGAGUUGGUUGGAGAGACCAACUACACGACAGACCGUCAGGUGUUUGUCCAAUCAAGACGGAAACGAUGUCAGAAAGGUGUGAAGACAAGCAGAAGUAAAGUCAAUAGAGACUCGUCAAUUCACGCUCUACACAGCAAGACACUUGCUACUACUGGAUCUGGAUGUACAUCGUCUCAGUCUGAAAUUAAUGGAUCCACUGAUGAUGGUGUUAGAGUGAAAAAGCAUCAGGAGCCGUUGGAUUCUAAACACAAAUUAAUUUCUGUUGAUAUCAAUCCAACGUGUCGGUUGUCAGAUAAUUCAAAGUGGAGUAAAUUUGUGAGUCAAGAGAAUAGGCAUUCAGACUCGGAUGUUGAAAACUCGAACGAGAGUAGUUGUCUUACAUCCGUCCAACAGUUACACUCUAACGAUGUUGAUCCGACUGCAGCAGUCACUUACGACAUCAAAUCAUACAAUUCGUCUCUAUCGGCUUCUGUGUGUGCCAGCACUUUGUUCUGUGUGGAUGGAGACCUGGAGGAAGAGGCUACUGACUUUACUGUAGCCUGAGUUGGGCGACUGCUAACAACAAUGGAAAUUUGGGAUCAGACAUUCCGAACUGCUAGCAUGUAACGACGGUAAUAUAGCCUAG